GUAUUGCUCGGUAUUACCAUCGGCCACGUUCGCUACUCCACCGCCGGUUCCGCCUCCUCCCUCGCCAACGUCCAGCCCUUUCUCGCAGGCUACCGCUUCGGCAAACUUGCCGUCGCCCACAACGGCAAUCUCGUCAACUACUCCUCCCUCCGAGCCAGCCUCGAAGACUCCGGCUCCAUCUUGAACAUCUCCUCCGACACCGAGGUUAUCCUCCACCUUAUCGCCAACUCCAACUCCCGUCCUUUAAUCUCCCGCAUCGUUGAUGCCUGCCAGGCCUUCCAAGGUGCCUAUUCCCUCGUCUUCCUCACCAAAAACAAGCUAUUCGCUGCCCGCGACCCAUACGGAUUCCGUCCCCUCGUCCUUGGCCGCCUCCGGCGCCCCAGCCGCGGCAUCGUCUUCGCCUCCGAGACCUGCGCGCUCGACCUAAUUGAAGCCGACUACGAGCGUGAGGUGAAUCCUGGGGAAGUCAUCUUUGUCGAUGGGCAUGACCUGUCUAUCUCCUCCCUCUGCCUCAUGCCUCCUAAACCUCGUAAAGCUUGUAUCUUUGAGCACAUCUACUUCGCUCUCCCGAACUCCAUAUUCACCCAUUGCAGCCUCCGCCACAUUCGCAUGUCUUUGAUCACCAUUGUCGCUUGCUAUUACCACCUCUUUCCAUUGCUGUCCAUCGCCGCCGCCACCGCCUCUUGCCACUGUCCGUACAUUAGAACUUCAUUGCAUGUAGUCACCCAUUGCAGCCUCCGCCACAAUCGCAUGUCUUUGAUCACCGUUGUCGCUUGCCAUUACCACCUCUUUCCAUUGCUGACCAUCGCCGUCGCCACCGCUUCUUGCCGUUGCCCGCAACCAUUACUGACUUCCACCGCUCGCAACCACCUGGCAUCAUCACCAGUUGCCACAACUGACACCACCGUCGGCUUCCACCAGUUAUACUUUACAUUACAAUCAUAUUAUUUCAAACCAAACAAAAAAUAA